GUAUCUGUUGACAAAAAGACACUUCAGCAAUUAGUACAAAACUGUGAUUCUUCAACAGUAGAAAUGGAGACAACCUUUUCUCUUUUAUAUAAAAAAUUUCUUGAUGCUGAGGACUUUGCUGAUUGUGCGAUCUAA